AUGGCCCCUAACACCAAGAAAGGCGGUGCCUCCAAGGCUCCCAAGGGCUCCAAGCAGGCCAAUGCUGCUGCCAAGGCUGCCCUGAAGGGUACCAACUCCCACAAGAAGACCAAGGUCCGCUACACGACCUCCUUCCACCGCCCCAAGACUCUCGUUGUCUCCCGCGCCCCCAAGUACCCCCGCAAGUCGAUCCCUCACGAGCCCCGUCUCGACGAGCACAAGAUCAUCAUCCACCCCCUCAACACCGAGAGCGCCAUGAAGAAGAUUGAGGAGAACAACACCCUCGUCUUCAUCGUCGACAUCAAGUCCAACAAGGCCCAGAUCAAGCAGGCCUUGAAGAAGCUCUACGACAUCGACACCGUCAAGAUCAACACCCUGAUCCGCCCUGACGGCUCCAAGAAGGCCUACGCCCGCCUCACCCCUGACGUCGAUGCUCUUGACAUCGCCGCCACCAAGCUGGCUCUCGUUUAA